GCAAAAACAUAUAUCCUAUUAUUUUUAUGGAGGCCAAGCCAAUCAUGAUAACAGUUUAUUCCACUAAUUAAGGUUCAAUAAUAAUUUGUUUUCAAUAUAAGAUAAGAGUGGACUCAAUAUUUUUGGGCUAUAUACUUUGUCUAUAUCAAUCAUCAAACACUACCAUCAUUUCAUUUGUUCCUAAAAAACAUGGCUUUCUGUGCCCUUCAAAACACCCCUUCAAUUCUUUUCUUACAUGUACUGCUUAUUAUUCAUACAACAUAUGCUGCAACUAAUGAUUCAGACACUUCUCAAGAUGGUUAUAUCUAUAAUCUUUGUCCACACAUGGAGGCUGCUGAUGCAACGAGGGAUUACCAAAACAAUCUCAACACUGUUCUAUCUUACCUCUCCUCCAAUUCCACCACCAAAGACCGGUUCUACAACGCGACUGUUGGGACCGGAGAUAGUAAGGUGUACGGGCUGUUUUUCUGUCGUCUUGAUAUCACUGAUGCAAUCUGUCAGGAGUGUGUCUCUAAGGCUAUUAACGCGUUGACUACUCGAUGCCCUGGGAAGAAACAAUCGAUUGUGUGGUACUUUGAUCAAUGUGUGGUUCGGUAUGCAGAUGAGCAGUUUCUUGGUACCAUGCUUGAAACUCCUAUGAUUCCGAUGUGGAACAGAGAAAAUACUCUUGAUAUUUGGGAUGUUACCAGUAACAUGACAGAUUUUAUGCAAGUUCUGUUGAAAACUCUAGAUGAUGCAGCAGAUAACGCAACAGGCGGAUCACCUCACAAGAAGUUUGCGACAAACGAAGGCACCUUUGCUCAUAAUUUGACGAGCUUUAACACCAUCUAUACGCUUGCUGAAUGUACACCAGAUAUAACCUUGAGUGAAUGCAGACAUUGCCUUGGUGUUACAAUUGGCAAUACAUCAGAACUUUGCAAUGUAAAGGCAGGUUGCACCGUUAUGUGUCCCAACUGUAAUUUAAGGUAUGACACAUACCCUUUCUAUGGAGAUGCAGUUGCAAAUUCUUCAAGGCACUCUCCAAUCCCCAUUUUUAAAGGAACUCAAUCAAACUUUUGGAAGAGGAGACAAACAGUACUUAUAGGCGCCAUCAUUGGUGCAGCUUUGGCAGUGACACUUGUUUUCGCUGCUAUAAUGUUGGUGUGCAAGAGGAAUUCCAAAGAAGCGCAUAAAGCUGACGACUCGGGCGACAUUGAAACGAAAGACUCCUUGAAAUAUAAGUUCAGCAAAAUUAGAACCGCAACUAACAAUUUCUCAGAGGACAAAAAGCUUGGUGAAGGUGGAUUUGGUGAAGUUUUCAUGGGGAAGCUUGAAAGUGGACAAGAGAUAGCUGUGAAGAGGCUAUCAAGGAACUCUAGACAAGGCAUUACAGAGUUUAAGACAGAAGUUCUUUUAGUUGCAAGGCUCCAACACAGGAACUUAGUCAAACUCUUAGGAUUUUGUGUCUCAAAAAAAGAGAAAUUACUUAUAUACGAGUAUUUGCCAAAUUUAAGCCUUGACCAGUUUCUGCAGGAUCCAACCAAAUGUGCAACACUAGAUUGGGAAACAAGAUUCAAGAUCAUAUGCGGAAUCGCAAAAGGACUACUAUAUCUUCAUGAAGACUCUCGUCUUAAGAUCAUACACCGAGAUCUUAAAUGUAGCAAUGUGUUGUUAGAUAAGGAUAUGAAUCCAAAAAUCUCAGAUUUUGGAAUGGCAAGGCUUUUUGGUGCAGAUGAAACCCAGGGAAAUACUAAUAAAAUUGCUGGAACUUUCGGAUAUAUGGCUCCGGAGUAUGUAAUAACAGGCCACUACUCGGUCAAAUCAGAUGUGUAUAGUUUCGGAAUAAUAGUUCUGGAGAUUAUUAGUGGUCAGAAAAACAAGUUUGUCAGACUAGAUAACGAAGACAGAGAAUCACUAGUGCACCGCGCAUGGAGGCUUUGGAACGAGGAGAUUGUGAUGGAAUUGGUGGAUAAUGCGAUUGGAAAAGAUAUACUAGACGAAGAAGUGGCAAAAUGUAUCCAUAUCGGUUUGUUGUGCAUACAAGAAGAUGCGGCGAGAAGACCAAGAAUGACAACAGUGGUUGCUGCUCUUAAUGGUGAUUCUAUAGUUUUACCUACGCCUACACCACCCCAUUUCUUCAUUUCUGGUACAUGCGGAUUGGAGGAAUCUGGUGCAGAUCAAUCUGGCUCAACGUUUUCAGGAUCAAGAAAUAUUACUGUUCUCGAUCCUCGGUAAUUUUAUUGUUCCAGAUGAAAGUGACAAAUUUCUAAGGUCUGUAAUGUAAACUAACUAACUUCCACAUACAACAUGUUGAUGAUUUUUGAUAGAAUUAUAGGGUAGAAUGUAAAGUAUAGACUAUUUUUUUUAACAAAUUUAAUAUAAAUUGUUUUUAUGUCCUUUGUGAAAAUAUGAUAAGCUUAGGGCUUGGCUUAUGACUAAGAGAGCUUCUGUACAAUAUAGGGGAUUUAAAGCUUGGAGUUGAGGGGUGUUCUUAGUUUGAUAACCUGUACUUUGUUCUACAAGAA